AUGGCUCAGUACGGCCACCCCAGCCCGCUCGGCAUGGCUGCGAGAGAGGAGCUGUACAGCAAAGUCACCCCGCGGAGGAACCGCCAGCAGCGCCCCGGGACCAUCAAGCAUGGGUCGGCGCUGGACGUGCUGCUGUCCAUGGGGUUCCCCAGAGCCCGCGCACAAAAAGCCCUGGCAUCCACGGGAGGAAGAAGCGUUCAGGCAGCAUGUGACUGGUUGUUCUCCCACGUCGGCGACCCCUUCCUGGAUGACCCCCUGCCCCGGGAGUACGUCCUCUACCUCCGCCCCACCGGGCCCUUAGCGCAGAAGCUCUCCGACUUCUGGCAGCAGUCGAAGCAGAUCUGCGGCAAGAACAAGGCGCACAACAUCUUCCCCCACAUCACCCUCUGCCAGUUCUUCAUGUGUGAGGACAGCAAGGUAGACGCCCUGGGGGAGGCCCUGCAGACCACCGUCAGCCGCUGGAGAUGCAAGUUUUCAGCCCCGCUGCCCCUGGAGCUCUACACCUCCUCCAACUUCAUCGGCCUCUUCGUGAAGGAAGACAGCGCAGAGGUCCUCAAGAAGUUUGCUGCCGACUUCGCAGCAGAAGCUGCCUCCAAAACUGAAGUGCACGUGGAGCCCCACAAGAAGCAGCUGCAUGUGACCCUGGCUUACCACUUCCAAGCCAGCCACCUGCCAACCCUGGAGAAGCUCGCCCAGAACAUCGACGUCAAACUCGGGUGUGAUUGGGUGGCCACCAUAUUCUCCCGGGAUAUCCGAUUUGCUAACCACGAGACAUUGCAGGUGAUCUACCCGUACACCCCGCAGAACGACGACGAGCUGGAGCUGGUCCCCGGGGACUUCAUCUUCAUGUCGCCCAUGGAGCAGACCAGCACCAGCGAGGGCUGGAUCUACGGCACCUCCCUGGCCACGGGCUGCUCUGGACUCCUGCCGGAGAACUACAUCACCAAGGCUGACGAGUGCAGCACCUGGAUAUUUCACGGCUCUUACUCCAUCUUAAACACAUCCUCUUCCAACGCACUCUCGUUUGGGGACGGCAUCCUGGAGAGGCGGCAGUAUGAGGACCAGGGCCUGGGGGACUCGACGCCCCUCACCAUCAUCUGCCAGCCCACCCAGCCUCUGAGGAUCAGCAGCCAGCCCGGCCCUCAGAAGAGAUGCCUCUUCGUGUGUCGGCAUGGUGAGAGGAUGGAUGUCGUGUUUGGGAAGUACUGGCUAUCCCAGUGCUUCGACGCCAAAGGCCGCUACAUACGCACCAACCUAAACAUGCCUCACAGCUUACCUCAGCGGAGCGGCGGUUUCCGGGAUUACGAAAAAGAUGCUCCAAUCACGGUGUUUGGAUGUAUGCAAGCCAGACUCGUGGGGGAAGCCUUACUGGAGAGUAAUACCAUCAUCGACCACGUCUAUUGCUCCCCAUCCCUGCGCUGCGUCCAGACUGCAUACAACAUCUUGAAAGGUUUACAACAGGAAAAUCACUUGAAGAUCCGAGUGGAGCCUGGCUUAUUUGAAUGGACAAAAUGGGUUGCUGGGAACACCUUACCUGCGUGGAUACCUCCAUCAGAGCUAGCCGCAGCCAACCUAAGUGUUGAUACAACCUACAGACCUCACAUUCCAGUCAGCAAAUUAGUGGUUUCAGAAUCCUAUGACACCUAUAUCAGUAGAAGUUUCCAAGUAACAAAGGAAAUCAUAAGUGAAUGUAAAAGUAAAGGAAAUAACAUCCUGAUUGUGGCUCACGCAUCUUCCCUGGAAGCAUGUACCUGCCAACUACAAGGCCUAUCACCUCAGAACUCCAAGGACUUUGUACAGAUGGUCCGAAAGAUCCCCUACUUGGGAUUUUGUUCCUGUGAAGAAUUAGGAGAAACUGGAAUCUGGCAGCUGACAGACCCACCAAUCCUCCCUCUGACCCAUGGACCAACUGGCGGCUUCAACUGGAGAGAGACCCUGCUACAAGAGUAA